CUUUUCACAAUAAAUUUUUUAGAAAGUUACUAUCAUUUGCAUUAAAAUUACAAUGAAAUAAACAUCAACAGAAUAUUAGUGAAAUGAAGAGUUAACAGCUAAACUAAAAAUUAAGGGGAAAAUAACAAAUUUGAAAGCAAUAGAGCGAAAUAUUUCAUCAGGCGGGCAGAACAAAAAAAAAAAAAAAUUGGAAAUAAAAUUAUUAAGUAUGGAAAAAGAUGAAAGAGAGGUGUUUGUGAAUGGUGUUCAAUCAAAUCUUCACUAUCAUAAUCACUCAAUUGAAUAUAUAACGCCGAAGAAAAGUAGUAUGAUGAUUGAUGGGGAGAAAUUGUUGGAUAAAAUCAACCAAUUGACCACGAAACCAGAGAAUCUUAGUUAUUCUGCGAAGAUGCCGACAAUUAAAGAUUUCGUCAUUAUUAAACCUAUUAGUCGUGGAGCUUUUGGAAAAGUGUUCCUGGGCUAUAAAAGCAGCGAUCAUAAUAAAUUAUAUGCGAUUAAAGUGAUGCGGAAAUCUGAAAUGAUUAAUAAAAAUAUGGUCUCACAAGUAAUCACCGAACGUAAUGCUUUGGCCUUGUCACGCAGCCCUUUUUGCGUAAAUCUUUUCUAUUCUUUGCAAUCGAUUUCCUAUGUUUAUCUCGUUAUGGAGUAUAUGGUGGGUGGCGAUUUAAAAUCACUGCUGGCUAUGUACGGUUAUUUUGAUGAGCCGGCUGCUCGUUUCUACGUGGCCGAAGUGACUUUGGCUUUGCAAUAUUUACACGAACAUGGAAUAGUACACCGUGAUAUUAAACCAGACAAUAUGUUGCUAUCGGCCACAGGUCAUAUUAAAUUAACCGAUUUCGGUUUAAGUAAAAUUGAAAUGCGACGUGGAGAUUUAGAAAUCUCGGAUUUAAUUAAUUGUUCGCCGAAUUUUAAUACACGCACUCCAGGGCAACUUUUGUCAUUAACGUCACAUUUAUCAUUCGGUUCGGAUAAGAAGCUGGAAUGCACUGGCACUAGCAAUUGUCAAAUGUUACAAAUUGUUAAUAAGCAUAACACGACCAUAGAAUCGGACAGUGAUGCCGACACUUCCUUAAACGAGGCGGAGAAAACAAAUGAUAGUAAAAUCUCCGGCGUUUCACCGUUCCUUUCAGCGGAGGAAAUCAACGUUUCUAUGCCAAAUAAUUCCAAUACCGCUUCAAAUAAUUUAAUUGAUAGCAAUUCUACUUAUUACACUUGUGGUUCUUCUGAUGUGAGUAAAUUUUCACCUUCUUUUAAUAAAUCCAAUGGUUCACAGGCAAAAUCUCCGGAACAAAUUGAUAAUAAUGUGGAGAUUAAAAUUUGUUCCAAUGGCUGCAAAUAUGACAGUAAUUGUAAUACGAUAUGCGACAAGGAAAAUUUAUGCUGCCGGCAUUUAAGUAUAAUGGAAAAUAUUGAAUUUUGUAUGGUAAGACGACGUUCUAACGACGAGCGUACACGGUCUUCGCUGAAACCUCAAGAGGAUUCUGGUGUUUCAAGUCGCAAAAGCGAUUACUCGAAUUCGAACUUAAACAACGAAACCACAUCAUCUUCUAUAGAUAGGGCAGAUAUUUUGUGCAAUUCCAAGGAUGACUUAAGCAGCUCAGAUUACUCGAGAAGCUAUAACAUUAACAACACGAACGAAAUCAGUGGAAUACGUAUGCAUUCACCAUUUCGCAAAACAAUCAGGAAUUUUAAACGUCCGGAGACUUUAAGCACUUCUUUAAGAGGUCUUAAACGUAAAAUAAAUAUGGUCAAUCGGCCGGAAAACUCAAAUAGUCUGGAAGGAGAUACUAAUGGCUCUAUGAGUACAGGCUUGACGCAAGAAAUUGAAAUAUUGGAUAUCGGUAGUAGUACACCGAAAAAGCGUAAAGUUAAAUCACCGCUUCGGAGCGUACUUAAAGUUCGUUCCCUUUCCGAUGAUGAAAUGUCGCAUAUAAUUACUGAAAAUGUGACCAGCGUAGUGAAUUCAACGCCGGUUUCAUCGCAAAAAGUGCCACGAUGUGAUGGUGGUCUCUUGGGUAAAUUGAAAGCUACACGAUUCGCUUUGCCCUUGUCCAAUGAAACACGAAAACGCGAACCUUUGGCAGAGAAAAGUAUAUCAAGUGUUCAAUAUUUGAAAAUGGUUCAUGACGAUUCUGUCAUGUCUCCCAUUAAUUCGAAUUCAAAUUCCUUACCGAAAACACCGAAAAAUUUAAAUACACCGUUCAGAACACCAAAAUCGGUGAGACGUGGUGCUACUCGGCAAUCGAGCGAAAGAAUUCUAGGUACACCCGAUUAUUUGGCUCCAGAAUUAUUAAUGAGGCAAGGUCAUUGUGCUGCAGUAGAUUGGUGGGCACUGGGUGUUUGUUUCUACGAAUUUUUGACCGGUCUACCACCAUUCAAUGACGAAACGCCUCAAAAAGUCUUUGAAAACAUUCUAAGCAAAAAUAUUGAAUGGCCGGAGGGUGAUGAAGCUUUGACUCCUCAAGCUGUGGAAGCUGUCGAUCUUUUGCUUACUAUGGAUCCAGCGAAACGACCUUCUGCUAGGCAAGUUCAACAAAUGCCUUUUUUUGCAUCCAUACAAUGGAAAAAUAUUGAAAACGAGAAGCCGCCUUUUGUACCCAAUCCUGAUGAUCCAACGGAUACGGCUUAUUUUGAAGCACGCAACAAUAUGCAGCAUUUAAAGCUUUCAAAUUUUGUUUUUGAAGACUAAACCGUAAGCAAUUUUUUUUUUUUUUUUUAGUUUAGUUUCUAAUUGAAAAGGUAAUCCAACUAUGCAGAGAGUUAUUCUUUAAAUAGAAUUUUUUGUUAAGAAGUAUUUCAUUUUUAUUUUCUUUACCGUGUUUCUUGUAUUCAGAAAAGUCAUAUUAUUUUUAAUGUUUUGUACUUUUUUUUCUUUCUUUUUUGCAGUUUAUGAAUUAAUUUUAAUGAGUUCAGUUCUAUUUUAGUCAACAUUUAACAUACAUAGCGAAUAUAUUUUUAAUAUCAUUUUUAUAUAUAGGAAAUCCUCUAAAAUAUAU